ACAAUAAAAAUAUUAAGCUUCUAAUUAAGAAAUAGUUUAUCAGCGAGAUUAUAUACAUCAGCAUAAACCCCCUCAUGCACUAAAAACAGUAACAAUUCAGUCUAAAGGUGUUUUUUUAAAUGAUUGCUUUGGAUUGGAUUGCCUUUGAAGGGACCCAAGUAGUGCGAACAGAACCGGUGGCGAGUGGGGAUGAGGUACUGCCAAUGCCGAAAAGUAUCGGGGUCACAAUCCAACAUGGCGUCCAUGGUUAGAGGUAGUUGCUGCAGGCUAACCAGGCUGAGAGGUGUGUCAAGGACACUUUGUAAACUUUAUAUUAGUACAGAUGUAACAAAGAAAGACCGUAUUUUGGACAGAGUGAAAAAAUUUGUUUUUGGAGAGGGACCACCUCCGGAAGAGGAUGAAACACCCGAGAGUUAUUUUCAAUUUGUAAAAGUUGAAAAACCAGCUGUGUACAGCAUGAAAAAAAAGGAAAUCGUGGAUAGAUUAGGAAAUAUUAUCACAGAAGUUAUGCCUGACAACGAAAAAUGGAGAAAUCAGUCAAUUAAAGAUUUGGUUGUUAAAUACAAGAUUCUCAACAAGUGUUAUGAGGAGUUUGGUAUUUUGGUUCCCAAUUUCCAGUUAAAUGAAAUGAAAAGUGUAGGGGAUGUUAUCAAAUUCUACACAACAGCUAAACCUGAAGACAAAAGGACAUUCAAAUCUAUUAACAAAAAAAAAUUACCACGCAACUUAUCCAUCGGUGGAUCUCUACCCCUCAAGAAAGUGUCCGUAACGUGAAAUAGGAAUAUUGUAUAAC